GCAGCACUACUGUCAUUGGUCGUGUUCGUCGCUACCCCUUCAUCUGUCGCCAAGCCAACGGCCUUCGCCGCAGCAGGCUUGCUACCUUCAAGGCAAUUCUGGAGUUUCCCGGACGAAGAAGGAUCGGGUGUCGGCGCGUUCCCUAAGUGGACGUCUUCGGUACCGUCCUCGAUUGUUCUACUGCAAGGUUCGGAGCGUCCAAGUGCCGCAGGAGUAUCCGUAUUGUCAGAAAACCCUUUCUCAACGGGGCUCGAUGAAGCACUGCUAUCCCUGGCGAAUGUUGAAGGGCCGCUGUUCUUCUCUCCGCCAAACAUUUGCCCUUCUCUUCGCUCUUCCAUGCCCUCCUCAGCGGCCUGCGUGCCUGCAUUCUCCCGUAGAGGUUCUUCCGCUUCGACCACGACUCCACCAGCUUGUCCGUCAAAAGUGCUCUGGUCUAAUUCUGAGGGUGAGGCCACAGCCGCCGGCGAUAUGCCUGCGGGUGCGGCGCUCGUCGCCUGUGGAGAAUUUCCGAGAUGAGCCACAUGCUUUUGCUGUAAACCACCCACUCCUUCCCUCAGCGCAUCAGUAGCCCCCGCGUUAUCCUGAUCCCAAUUCCAUUCGUUAUCCUCUACCUCCGCCGGUUGCGGUGGUGGCUCUUUGGUAGGAGACUCCGUGUGCUCCGUAGGAUGCUGCUGUUCCGGUAGUACAGGAAGACGCUGUUGAUCGUCUUUCGAGGUAUUUUCGUCAUCCUGGUCCUGCAGUGCAUCUAAGCUGAACCGUUUGAAACCUUCCGCGAGGUUGUCGAAUCCACUGAACAUCGUGCUCCAAUUUCCACUCCCUGUUCAACGUUGCUCUUGGUUUCGAACACGCGCACAGACGUGGGGGCUGCGAGCAGAGUUUGCCUGUGGCAGCACCACAGCAGCAGCGUAUGUACGAGCCGAGCAGCAGCAGACGUGACGUGACACACGGAACCCCCCGCACCCGUACAUACCACACCCUAGUAGCGAUUUAAAAUUAUCCAAAAUGUCGACCCCCCACGGCACAACACCACCGCCGCCAGGCCCCCCACACCACCAGUACCGGACCCGUUCCUUGUCUCGUUCUUUGUGGUAUAUACGUAGAAGAGACUAACGGGGAGUGAUCUUCGCUACCCCGGAGUGCACAGGGCGUAUUUUCAGUUAAUACAUUGACGGCCAUGGCGGACGCGGCGAUGGCGGAGGUCGUGGCCAUUGGGGAGGGAAUCAGGCAGCUCAAGGCGGCGAAGGCGGACAAGGCGGUCAUCUCCAAGGAGGUGGCAAAGCUUAUGAAGACUAAGCAACACUACAAGGAGGUCACCGGCAGCGACUACGUUCCGCCACCACAGGAAAAGAAGGCCAAAUCUACACCCAAGCCGCAGGACGCUGUACCGCCGUCGUCUUCAGGCCCGAGUAAAACCGCCGCCAAGAAAGCUGAAAAGGCAGCUAAGAAGGCGGCGGCGAAGGGUGCCAAGUCCGCGUCGGUGGCCGGAUCGUGUGUCUCACCGGCAGCAGCCCCGGCGUCAGCUGCUUCAAGAUCGUCCCUCCCUUCCAUGUACCUUGGCAGCGAUGGGCCCGGCCCUCUCAAGGGCUUGACCGCUGCAAAGUUCUUCGGGGUGGAAGUGGAAGCAGCCGACACCAAUCCGGCAGGUGAACUAUCCUCUGCAUCGGGUUGUGCGGUCUCGACCGGGACAUCCGUGAUAUUUGGGGCAAACGCGGUGUGCCGCUACUUUUCCUAUAAGGGCAAGUCUUCGUCGCCGAAAGGGCCGACGGCAGACCCUGCCGGAGCUGUUGAGGAGUGGCUCGACUGGGAAACAGGGACGCUCGCACCAGCAGAGAGGGCUCUCGCUGCAUGGAAAGAGGCCGGCGGUUCCGUGCCGACCGAGGCUCUGGCCGCGCUGAAGCACCUGGAGGACAAACUCACCGGAACAUGGUUGCUUGAGGGGGACGAACCGUCUCUUGCGGACGUAGUCGUAGGUGUUACGGCGCAGGCGGCCAUCACUGCUCUUGGAGAGGCCGAAGCAACAUCAACUCUCGCCAAGGUUCUGGCCUAUGCGCAGCGGGUUGGGGAAAUGCCCGCAUGUAAACAAGCAGCCAGCACCAUCGAUACCUUCACCAAGGCAUCUAAGGGCGUCAGUCUAAAGGCUGGCCUUCAAGCGUCGCUUUUGGCCAUGUUUGAUGCGGCCAUGUUCAAGGCGUGGCCCUUGGCAAAGAGUGCUGGAAUCACCUCUUCCAGCGUGAGAAAGUGCGCCGAUUACAAGAACGGCGACUUCCAGUGCAAUGCUGCGAUGGCUCUCUUCAAAGCCCUCAAGGGAGGCGACGGGGCACCCUCGAGCCCCCAGGCUGCAGCGUCGGCCAUCGUCGCGUCACUUCCCGUGAACCCCCUGGUAGACACGACAUCUGUGUCACCUCAAGGGUACAUCAAUAUCCGCCUCCGCCCGGCGUUCAUCAAUCAGAGCAUCGCGAAGGUCAUCAAGAAUGGACCGGCGCCGCCAGAGGUGAAGAAGAUGCGGGUGGUGGUGGACUUCUCAAGCCCAAACAUCGCUAAAGAGAUGCACGUGGGGCACCUUCGCAGCACCAUCAUCGGGGAGGCCAUAUGCCGCGUGCUAGAGUUCUGCGGCCACACGGUUUUCAGACAUAACCAUGUCGGUGACUGGGGGACACAGUUCGGCAUGCUCAUCAACUACAUGAAGGAGGCCUACCCGAACUUCCUCACUGAUCCUCCCAACAUCACAGACCUCACAACCUUCUACAAGGCGGCUAAGCUUCGCUUCGACGAGAGCGAGGAGUUCAAGGAGGCUUCGCGCAACACGGUGGUGGACCUACAGUCGGGCGACCCGGCAUGCAAGGAGGUGUGGACAUUGCUGUGCGACAUUAGUCGCAAGGAAUUCCAGAAGGUGUACGAUCGCCUGGAUGUCACUCUGGAGGAGCACGGCGAGUCGUUCUACAACGACAUGAUCCCGUCGACCAUAGACAUGCUGGCCGAGGCCGGCCUCGUGUCAAGGGAUGAUGGUGCCGAUAUCGUUCGGCUGGAACACUUCACGUACCCCCUGAUCGUGCGCAAACGAGACGGUGGUUUUGGAUACGACUCCACGGACAUGACCGCCAUCCGGUACCGACUAAAAACGCUAAAAUGCGAUUGGAUCAUCGGCAUCACUGAUGCUGGCCAGGCCAGUCAUUUCCACAUGUGCUUCGAUGCGGCACGAGCAGCUGGAUGGGUUGACGAAGGCACCAAACUAGAGCACUUAGGCUUCGGCGUUGUGCUUGGCCCGGACGGAAAGAAGUUCAAGACGCGUUCGGGGGACACGGUUCGAUUGGUCGAUCUACUGGAUGAGGCUGUGCGACGGAUGGCGGCAAGCAUCCAAGAAAGGAUGGAUGAAGGCAAGAUGACGACUACCAAAGAAGCUGCCGCAGCGGCCGCGGCAGAAAUUGGCUAUGGCGCUGUAAAGUACUAUGACCUCAGGCAACAUCCCAGCACUUCGUACGUAUUCAGCUACGACCGCAUGCUAGACACGAGGGGUAACACGGCGGUCUACUUGCAGUUCGCCCACGCCCGACUGGCCUCCAUUCUGCUCAAAGCGCAAGAUGAGCUGCACGUCGACGUAACUGCUCUCAAGGCUUCGCCGGAGAAGGUGUCGGUAGAGCACGAGUCUGAACGAGCGUUGGCGUUCGAGCUGCUGAUGUUCAGUGACGUCAUAGAGGCAUGCUUGGCUGAUCUUGGUCCCAACCGCCUGUGUGAGUACCUUUACACUCUCGCCACCAAGUUCACGGACUUCGUCACCAACUGCCGGGUCCUGGGUUCGGAUGAACAAACCAGCCGACUCUUGCUUUGCGAAGCGACGGGCGUCACCAUGAGGAAAUGCUUUAGCCUCCUGGGUAUGAAGGCCCUAGACCGGAUUUAAACCCGGCCGUUCUUUGGUGGCGGUGCGAGGACACCCACGACCGUUGAGCAUCGUCCACAUGAGUUACCGGUGUGACGAUUGUACACGUAGCACGUGUGAACACUUUGAACUUGAGAAACGAACUGAUUUGCGAGGCGACGAGCAUCAUUUAUAUUUUGGAUUUGCUUUAACCUCCUUGGUAUGAAGGCCCUAGACUGGAUUACACGCGGCCGUUCUUUGCUGAUGGUGCGGGGAUACCCACGACCGUCGAGCACGUGCACAUGAGUUGCCAGCGUGACGAUUGUACACGUACGUGUGAACACUUUGGACUGAGACGGUACAUGUAUCGAGAUUGUUGUUGGAUUUAUUACGUUUGCGAUAGCUUCUUCGCAGAUGGGGAACUCGCCCCCCUCUCCUCCCGUGUUGCGGCAUGGUUGACUUGCUCAGGUUGUCUGUGGAAGGAGAACACAAGACAAUCUUUGCUUUCUUGGUACAGCAGAGGCUGAUUACCCGUGACGUUUGUUUCCUCCGUUUCGAGGAUUGCGACGCUUGUCUGUAUUGCUAAGUGGGUAAAUUAAUGACCGCUCUUGCGUUCGCGACCGAUCGGCGCGUGGCACAAGCCGUGGUAGUAGCGGUAUCACCAGCAAUAAUAAUAAAACAAGGAAAAUGAAGGAGAAAGGGCUGGGACAACGUUAGGGUAAGAUGGGUCCUUGCAUGGGGACGCCGAUCUCUGGCCAAGCAAGCAAGCGUGUUUCGCGCGCCGCUGGUGUGGUGUUGGGCGGUACGGGGAUGAUGGUGAAUACGCGCACUGCUGUGCACCUGCUUG